CCCGCAGGUGGUGGCCGUGCCGUGAGGCCCCAGUAGGCCGCACUGGAGCAUCCCUGGGCCGGGUCCUCGGCCCCGAGGCGUGUGGGCCGCGCUCGACCUUAACUGCGGCCGGAAGGCCUGACGGCUGGACAGGUUUUCUUUCCUAUGGAAGAAAGCACUGAAAAAUGAUGGGGUUGUGGGCACUGUUGUGUGGGAUGAGUUUAUUCGCCAGCACUACAUGUCGGGCCGGUGCCCGCAGCGCCGCCCUACCCAUGGCGCCCGGUUGCCAUGGAAAUAGCCGGGCCGCCACCGCCCUGUCCGUCUCCAACCAAUCACCUCGGCUGUAGGGGCGGGACUUCCGGCUGCUGUCCCGGAAGGAGGCGGGAGCAGCCCGGCGUGAGUUACAGAGCUGUGCAUCUGAACUAAGGAGAUAAGGAAGUUCUUCUGAGUCUUUGUCCUGACAAAAGAGGAGGUCUUGCUUGGAAUCAGUCACUGCAUAUGUAACAUACUUGUGGGAAACUUCUUCAUUUGUAACAUACCUCUUGGAAAAAUUCUGCUUAGGUAACACAGAAUUUAAACACUAAAGGAAGAUGUCUUUUUUCCCAAAAAUCUCUUUCCAACAUGAAGUUGAAGAGUAUCUCAGCAAAGUGUUCAGAAAUAAUGAGCUUAUAACUGCUUUAGGUACAAAGGAGGCAGAGAGUAAAUAUCAAUCUCUGUUAAGUCAUCUAUCUCAUCCACCAGCUGUCACAACCGUUAGAGUUAAUACCAACUUGGCCUCAGUGAAACACGUGAAAAAAUUGCUGCUUGAAGAGAUCCAGAAGUUUAAAGGAACCUGUGUUCCAGUUCUUGAGCACCCACAACUCCGGGACAUCUUAUUAAUUCCUGCUAUUGGACCCAGGCAAGAUUUAAAAAAAUAUGAGUCUGAAGUCAUUGUUGGAGCACAGUGUGGGUACGCAGUACUUCGAGGAGCGCACGUUUAUGUUCCUGGCAUCAUAUCUACUUCAAGAUUUGUGAAGGCUGGAGAUUUAGUCUCAGUCUAUUCGGAUAUUGAAGGGAAAUGUAAAAGAGGAGCCAAAGAAUUUGAAGGAGUCAAAGUUUUCCUUGGAAAUGGGAUUUCAGAACUGAAUCGUAGUGACAUUUUCAGUUCGCAUGGCCGAAUGACUGGGUUAGGCGUAAGAAUGACAGAGCCAGUCUAUCUUAGUCCUUCGUUUGACAGUGUGCUUCCUAGUCAUUUAUUUUUACAGAACUUACCUUCAGUCGUUGUCAGCCAUGUUUUAAACCCUCAACCAGGAGAAAGAAUUUUGGACAUGUGUGCUGCACCUGGAGGAAAAACAACCCAUCUUGCAACAUUAAUGCGUGAUCAGGGUGAAGUAAUAGCAAUGGACAAGAUCGCUAACAAGGUCAAAAAAAUUAAGCAGAAUGCUGAAUUACUACAGUUGAAUUGUAUAAAGGCAUUUUGCUAUGAUGGAACAAAAGCACUGACAGCUGAGAAGAGAGAGGAUAAACAAGAAGGACCUCCAUUCUUACCAGAGUCAUUUGAUCGAGUUCUUCUUGAUGCUCCAUGCAGUGGGAUGGGACAGAGACCAAAUAUGGCUUAUUCCUCAACUUUAAAGGAAGUGACAUCUUACCAGCCACUGCAGCGCAAGCUUUUCACUGUGGCAGUGAAAUUACUGAAGCCAGGAGGUGUCUUAGUAUAUAGUACAUGUACAAUUACACUUUCUGAAAAUGAGGAGCAAGUUGCAUGGGCCCUGGAAACUUUUCCAUGCCUCCAGCUUCAGCCACAGGAACCUCACAUUGGAGGAGAAGGCAUGAGGGGAGCCGGACUGGCACUCCAUCAGUUGAAGCUGCUGCAGAGAUUUGAUCCAUCUGCUGGGACUCUGCAAGGAACAGAUAUGGAGUCUUUGCAAGAUUGCAAGGAAGAAGAUUUGGUUUCACUGGCAAAUAAGGACUGUAUAGGAUUUUUUAUUGCAAAAUUUAUGAAGUUGAAGGGUAAAUAAACAUCUAGCAAUACAACCUGGAAAAAUACCUCUGUGAGCCUAAGAGCAGUUCAGACGUGAAGUGCAUGUGGUGGUGCUGCGAGGUUGCCAAGCCAAUCGGUGACGGCAGGGUUGCCAUGGCAGCACUACAAUCUGCCAGCUGUUCUGCUGGGAAAGAGCCACAGGUUGCAGAAAGUCGGGGCUGGGGGAAGGGCAGCAUCAUUUUUAGGUCUGUUUGCUUUUAUAUUCACAGCAGGUCCGCGCCUGGAUGACAAGUAUGUUCAGUAACUUCUGCUUCUGUCUGUUAUCUCUCGCUGUGUGAGUGGCUUACCUAGUGCAGGAGAAGUGGGAACAGGGGCUGGGGGGUGGCAAGGUAAGCUCCUCUGUGAAAUGCAAGCAGAAAUAAAACAGACGGGAACCAUUA